CCGAGUGUUACCGACGACCGAGAUGGCCAAAGAGGCGAAGGGAGACGCAGCAGCCGAGGGCGCGAGUACGCCGGCCCCCGCCCGGCAGGCCUCGGCCGCAUCCUCGCGCCGCGGCGACGACGACGACCAUAGCGACGGCGCGGCCUCCGAGGCCAGCCACCGCCAGCACGACCGCCCGCGCUUCGACUCGCGGGUCUCGUGGGCCGACUCGACGCGCCUCGACCGCUUCGACUCGCGCGCGUCCAUGAUGAGCAACCGCGACCGUUCCGACUCGAAGGCCUCGGUGCGCAGCACGUCGAGCCGUGUGAGCACCAAGAGCCUGCGUACUGCGGCCACCAACAAGGACCUCCCCAAAGCCGAGCUGGACGCGAUCGACGAAGAGGACUACCAGUUCGUCUCGGCGUUCGCCGACUUUGACGUGCACGACCAGCCGAUCCGCGAGCAGCUGCAAAAGUCCCUCGACAUAGUCAACGAGCACACGUCCAAGCUCAAGGAGAUUGAAGACGCCUUGUCGGCCGCCAUGUCAGAAGUGUGGGGCUACUGGGCCGACCCGAUCCAGAUGCACUUGCAUCCAGCCGAGCGCGUCGAUGUCCAAGACCUCAUCCGCACCGACAACGAGCUCUUCAACAAGGUGCUCACGGUCUUUGCCGUGCUCUGCGACGAGAUCUCGGAGCUCAAGGUCACGGUGGAAGACAACUUUUACCCGGCGCUCAUCAUGUUUGGGCAAGCCAAGCAUGGCGACACCGCAGCCGUCAAGCCCGGCGAGGACGAAGUGCACAUUGGUCGCAUGCUGCCCUUCUUCCAAGAUAUCUCCAACUUUGUCGAUCGCUGCAGCUUGAUUGCGAUCAACCUCGUGCACCAGCUCGCGUCUCUGUACCAGAGCUACCAAAAGCUCUGGAAGUCGACGUUCAAGCACGUGCAUUUGACGUCUGUCUACGACGCGUUCGCCAACCUCCUCGAGAUCCUCAUGACGCUCGAUAUGAUUGUACUGGACAACCCCAACAUCGUCACGUCCUGGGACAAGUACAAGCGCAUGAUGCAGUAUGUGCGCGCCGACCCCGCGCGCUACAACGUGACGCUCGAGAAGGUCAAGUCUUUCGAGCAGCUCCUCGUCAACCUCGAUCAAACCUUCAUGGGAGCCAAGUGCUUCCAGACGUGCAUUGAGCAAGACUUUGAGACGCUCUUGUCGUUUGAAGACAGCGAGGACGAAGAUGAAGAUGAGGACGAGGACGCCGCGCAGACCAAGUCGAUCGACGUGCGCAACAACCGCGUUUUCCUCGACGAAUUCUUCCAUUGCCUCAGCACGCGCAUCCACUCGUGGGGACCACGGGUCUGUAUGUGA